AUGAAGGGCAAGGAACAUGCUAGGCGUGCCGAAGGCGCAGACAAAUGCUCAUCAAAAACCAAGUUGACUUGUUCCACCGCCAACAUGAACUACUGUUGGCGGCCUGGGGCACGCAUUAGCUUAGGUACGCAUGGCUCCUGGGCAAGCAUUCAAAAUGACCUAAAUAUGGAUGGUUUUGAUGCUGGCGGUGGAUUGGAUCUUUGUUGCUCUGGCGAACAAUUGACCUUCUCGUCGAGAGCGGAAGUUGUCAAAAAAGUUGCUUGUGUGGUUGUGUGGUUGUGUGUCUGGUGUCAAGAAAAAGCAAUCUCUCGCAUUUCCCAAUCCGGCCAGCAGCAACCAGCCUCAUCCUCCAUCGAACGUCGUUCGUCCUCGCACACAAAACAAGUCUCUGAACACACAACAUCUCCCACGCGCUGCCCUGUCCCGCGAUUGUGCCUCCAAACAAUCGCGUUGUCAACCUAUCCUCCUUCAAACUUGCCACUUUCAACCCUGUCUCCGGCAGCUCCACGAUCUUUUGACGAGACCGACGAAGUUUACGACCAGUCUACGUUGACGUCCCCGCCCACACGGCAGCGCCAGCAGCUACAUCCUGUUCCUCGUCAUUCUGAAUCACCUAAGCGAUCGCCUCUUCAGUCUGCUUCAUCCACCUCUUCAACUCGUACUCCCCGGCUACGUAGGAGCUCCGGUUUUGAAGAUAUUCGCACCGCUUCUCCUGCCCUAGGCCCUCGUCGAAGCUCAAUUGCUAGGUUCGCUACGCAGCUAGCAACAGUCGAGCCGGAACCUGAAGUUGGUCGCGCUGCCGUACCCCAAAGCCCACCCCUAGAAGCACGGUCUGCAGGAUAUCACACAACGUACCAGAGCUCACUGCAACACAGUGGUGAAUCAUUCUGGCCCCGGCGAACCAACCGCAUCUCAUCGCGCACUGCGUCUGCUAUUCUCUGGGCAUUGGAAGAGGCAAUUCGGCAUCCUUUCAUAUUUACCCCAGACCUCAGCGAGAUUAACGCCUCAAUGUCAGAGCUAGUGGGCGGAAGCGUGCCUUCUGGAUCUACGGGCAAUGGCCGGCCUCAAAAUGGAACUUCCCGACCUGCGACAGGACCCAUUGCUGGCCAAUCGAAUCCACCCAGUUCAGUUAGAACCCCAACUGAUAUUAUGAGACAACGCCGUGACCGUGAAGCGCGCAAGAAAGCGGAGCAGGAAGCAAGGGAGAGAGACAAGCAAGAAACAGAAUGGCGAUUGCAGCAGGAGCAGGAGCUGCAACAGCAGCAGAUUCAACAGUUCCCCCAACCGGGGCGACAUAUACCGGCUGCUGGCGCUGCCGUUGAACCCACGUCAGGUCAACUAAGACAAGGGGGAGGAGUCACCACGCAAGAUCAAAGCUCAAGGCACGAUCGAACUGGCGGCUUGAGCACUUCCCGAAUACCAACAACUUCCGCUUCAGUUGGCACUUCAUCCGGUGUGCAGCCAGUCGUGCCCUCGGGUACGCGGCAACAAGCCACUGCGCCCGAGUCGCGUCUGACAGGAGAUGGAGCUCAGCAACCUCAGACUUCCCGUCAACGAGGGCCGUCAAUUUCCCAGCAACACCAGCGACCUGCUCCUGCAUCUUCUCAGCUCUCUGCCCGGGCUACAACCGGAGCAUUUGUGAAGCCCACUACUUCCUCAUCACAGGCCAGACCGCAAACAAUGCCUACGCAAACGCCUCAACAGCCCGGAGAGCCUAGAAUUUCUCAGAACCAGCAGACCGAGCCUCCCCUUCAAUCAAGUCAGCAGACUAGGACACAGUCUCAACAACAGCAAAGUAGACAAAGGGCUGCAUUUCCGCACGCUUUUGAACGUUGGGAGACGCUUUCAUCCCAUUGGGAAGGGUUGACUGGAUACUGGAUACGACGGUUGGAGCAAAAUAAUGAUGAACUCAGCCGCGACCCCCUCAGCCAACAGAUGUCAAGGCAAAUAACUGACCUUUCUGCAGCCGGCGCAAACUUGUUUCAUGCUGUAGUUGAGUUGCAACGCUUGAGAGCAUCCUCGGAACGAAAAUUCCAACGCUGGUUUUUUGACACGCGUGCCGAACAGGAACGUGCCCAGGAGGUUCAGGCGGAUCUGGAGAGACUAUUAAGAAAUGAACGUCAGGCUCGCGCGGAGGCAACAAAUUCGAUUGCAAAAGUUGAGACUGACAAGUUAAGGGCUGAGGAACUAAUUCGGGAAAUGCGCCGUGAAUUGCAGAUAUCGAAAGAGGAAGCGAGGCGUGCUUGGGAAGAACUUGGGAGAAGAGAACAGGAAGAACGCGACCGGACAGUAUCUUUAAGAAAUGGUGAGCCGACUAUAGUUGGCGGUGUGCAGGUGGUCCCAAUGAUGCAAUCUGCGCUUAGUAGACAGACUAGUACAAAUCGUCCGCCAACAAGAGAAGGCUAUUACCCCGGCGGUCCUGGACCCACAUCAAUGGGUGGACAAGCGAGACAAGACGUUCCCGAGCCCUCCGAACCUUAUGUGUAUGACAACCAGGUCUCAUCUCCAACAGCCACAGACCCCUUCGUCGAAACCACACGUGAACAUGGCAUCCCGUCACAUCAUGCCAUUGGAUCCUCUCCUCCAAGACAGCCACCAACAUCUGCAGCGGCUAUGUCCGCCGCACGCAUAGCUACUACUCAAACACUAGUCGCUGCGUCCUCCAGCCCAUAUAGCCAAUCUCAUCUCGCUGAGGACACACACGGGCGAUUCUAUGAGCACGAAUCCUCUGCUCUCCAAAGAAGCGAUCAUAAGACCAACACCGCCGAUGAGGGUUCUUAUGUACCAACUAGCGAGCCAGGCGGAAGCGACCUUGGAUCAGAAGAGUAUGACCUCCCUGAUGCGGCUUACAGACGGAACCAACAGGACCGGGAUCGUCGAAUUGUGUAUCCCCGCACUAUCUCCGAUGACAGUGACGACUACGAGAACAUGGAACAUAUGCCUGAAGGCGAAUUUGGCCAGCGAUUUGAUAGAAUGACUGGCAUUGAAUACGGUAGCGGACCACCUGGUAGUUCACCUGAAGAAAUACAUGGCGCUGGGUACGACCCUAGCGUCGAUUACAGUGGAUCUGGUUGGGGAGGAGGUUCUGGGUCGACUUGGGAUUCUGUGACACCACGUCAUCGACACCCCACACGGCUCAGCGAUGUUUUAGAAGAGGAUGAGAGAAGUCGAACGAGCCCUAGUCGUGCGAGCCAGGCGAGUCGUGGCGGUGGUCAGUGGUCGGAAGAAAGCGCAUUUGUCGUGUUCAACGGUUUCCACGCCACCAAUUCCGAUUCCCCUCCAUCGCCUUCAUCUUCUCGACAUCAGUUUAGAAUCUUCGCAUAUCCUACCGGAGCUUGCAUUUCUCGCACUCUACCACAUCUCGUGUAA